AUGCCCGUCUCGCACACACCGAAAAAAGUUCAGCGUGUCGCUGAGCAGCGUGUCGCUGAGCAGCGUGUCGCUGAGCAGCGUGUCGCUGAGCAGCCUGAGCAGCAACUAGCUGAGCAGCAACUAGCUGAGCAGCAACUAGCUGAGCAGCGACUAGCUGAACAGUUACUAGCUGAACAGUUACUAGCUGAACAGUUACUAGCUGAGCAGCGACUAGCUGAACAGCCGCUAGUUGAGCAGCAACUAACUGAACAGCAGCUAGCUGAACAGCAGCUAGCUGAACAGCGGCUAGCUGAGCAGCGGCUAGCUGAGCAGCGGCUAGCUGAACAGCGGCUAGCUGAACAGCAGCCGAAUGAACGGCGACUGACGCAACACAAAGCCUAA